AUGGAAUUAUCGUGUAUGAAAAAGCCUACCUUGACUAAAAGUGCAUUUAUAGCUAAACGUAUUGAAACAGAAGGUAAUGGUGUUUAUUCUGUUUCUUGUGGUGAUGUUGAUAGAAAACAAACAUUAUUAACAAGUAAAAGAGCAUCAACAAAUAGAGAUGCUGCACAACAAUCAUUUCUUAUUGGGUUAUUAGUUAAUAAUGGUUUUCUUGUUAAGUUAAAAAAAUUAUAUAAACGUGGAAAGACUACAAAACAACUCUUUGUUAUUGAAUCAAUUUGGAAAGAGGGAAUAAAUUGUUUUAAUAUUGAUUUAAUUGGAAAUAUCCCUGGUGAUAAGAAAGUCAAAAGAAGAAAUAUAGAUGCUACUACUAAUCAUGUUAUGUUACAAAUUGCAGGAGAUUAUUGUUCAUUAUCUUAUGAUGUUAAAAAAGGUAAAACAAGCUCCAAAUCAUAUCAAAUGGAAAGAAUUAAUUCUGCUAAUACUCGAGGAAAAAUAUUUGAUUCAAAAAUGAUUCAAAUCAUUGGAACAGAAAUCAAUCAAAAUUUAGCCUCAUGGAUUACUUCUUCAGGACUGGAGAUUCAUCCUAAUGAUUUUAGAAUUUGUAAGUAUUAUAAUAUAUAA